AAGAGUCGUCUUGAAAAAGUUGGGCCAUGACAAUGAACUUGAACAAAUCAAAUCUGAUUUUAUCAAUGAAGAUUCACUCUUGGAUUAUUUAAAUAACAGUGCGAGUGGUUUGAAACUUUGUGAUCGUGAUGUUUCGAAAAGUCAAUUGUGAGCCUUUGAUGUUGACAAUUUUAAAUGGUGGAUGGCCGGUCCCGAAAUUGUAUGGAAGUUGUGGUUUUGUAAUUGUCGAGGAGGAUUGUGGUCAACCACUCAAUCACUUUGAAACGUCACCAUGGCACGUGCGUGCUUUUUUAGCUUUGCAAUUGUUGGAAGCUGCUAUUGAUUUUACACACAAUCAUCACGAUUUCAGGAUGUAUUUGACAGAUAUCUCGCCUGAUAACAUCGCAGUCGAUCAUAAUUUUAGACUGACUUUUGUUGACUUGGAACAUGUUAUUUUGCAACACAAAGAGGAUCAAACGACUAGUGUUCAUUCUAGUCAAUUUUUCCCUGAUGAUGAUUUUAUCUUUAGUGAGGCUGAAAUCUGUGCAAAUUCUUUAAGUGACCACAAUAUUUAUGCCGUGUGUCGAUUGUUGUUGAGUCGUAAAGCUCCUUGGCCCAUGAUGGCAAAUGGCCUUCUCCAUUCACCGCCUCCAACAAUCGCUCGAUAUAACGAACUUUUCGCACUGGUUGAAGACUGUGUCGAGUCAAAGGACCGCUUUCAUAUCGCUGAUAAACUUAUAAAUCUUUUAAAAAACAUUAAUAAAGAUACUGUUUUCUGA